AUGCAGUACAGCAGUCCAGAAGGCAGUCCGCUUUAUAAUAUCGCCAAUCUUUUGCAUAAAAUUUUAGAAAAAUCUGUUCCUAAAUCCGAAUCAUAUAUUAAAGAUGGUUGGUCCUUUGUGGAACUGAUUAGAGGAGUAAGAGUGGGAGGCGGUGACGUUUUAAUUUCGUUAGAUGUCACCUCUCUUUUUACUAACGUACCUAAAGAUCUUGUUUUGAAAGCGAUUGAAAAGAGAUGGAAUUACAUCACUACUAAGACUGAUCUUAGCCUCCCACAAUUCUCGAGAGCUGUGGAUUUAAUCCUCAGUUCCACUAGUUUUAUGUUUAACGGCCAAUUUUACAAACAGAUCUUCGGAAGCCCGAUGGGGUCUCCUCUCUCUUCUAUCUUGGCGGACAUGGUCAUGGAGGAUUUAGAGAAGCAUUGUCUACAGCGGCUUAGUUUCAGGAUAUCCUUUUUCAAACGAUAUGUGGAUGAUAUUUUUGCGGUUGUUCCUGAGUCGGGUAUUAAGGAAUUAUUAGAUAGUUUCAAUAAUUACCACGAUAGAUUGAAAUUCACUUAUGAAAUGGAAAGCAAUGGUGAAUUGAGUUUCCUUGAUACCACGUUGUUGAUAAAUAUGUUAAUGUCCGACUUGGUGAAUUGCGAAAUCGUAACAACAACGAUCCUGUCAGUUGCGAAGUGGCCCAAGAUCCUCGAAGGUGCAUUACUGUACCUUACGUAA